AUGCUGGAGAAGACGGCCGCAACUCUGGAACCAUGCGGCCUUCAACGAGUCCUUCCUGGCGCGACAAAGUCCUUCCGGAGCACGCGACAGCUUCAUACCACAUUCUGGCAGCAUGGGGCUGCUGACGUCGAGCUCACCAGCGCUUGGCAAGCUCUAAUGCAUGGCACCUUCGCCUUCAACAUGGACUCCGCGUCUGAUCAAGACAGGAGCCCUGCUUUGGCUGCUUCGUCUUUUCUCCUCGACUUCCUAUACCCGAGUGGCACCAUUGCGCUGAUGCGCCGCCUGACCCCGAGCUCUUCCGAUCGCACUGAAAGCUUCCGCUAUAGGCCACCCUUCACGAACAUCUCUCCGCGCCUGUAUACGUCGUCUAUUCCUCGUCAACGAGUGCAAGGACCUAAGACAGAGUUGCCUGACAGUCACGAAAGGAACGACUCCGACGCUAUCACAGCUACAUAUAUACUCGAUGCUACGGUUACGGAAGACGUCCAAGAUGUCCCAGCUUCGAGUGCUCUAGCCAAUGACGCAACCUCAGCUUCACUCCUAGAUGCUGGGCAGACCGCCACGCAAUCUCCUCACACCGGUUUCGGUGAACAGGAGGUUCUGGGCGUGGCUGAUGGGCAUGAUCCCAUCGAGAUGCUCGACGAAAUCUUGAUCAGUGAUAAUCUGGAAAAUGCGGAUCGCGCUUGGUACCAUUACAAGGCGCUAGACGACCAAUCUCAAAUGAUCUAUCUCAGUCGAGUGCUCGUCUUUCUUUCAAGAACUGGUCGACUGUCUGACUCGUGGAAAAUAUCAGAGCUCUUUCACAAGCUAGAUCCAUCUCGCUGGGACAGCUAUACCUUCGUCGCCGGUGUCACUGCGGAGGUCAACCUUCAAAAUUCCACUCGAGCACUGGAAGUCUUCGUGACGGGACUCCAGCAAGCUUCCCUCGAUCUGCCUUCCUUUAUUAAUGCGUUAGACUGGCUACUUGCCACGGCUCUAAAAUUGCCAACGAGAGACUUUCUGUGGGAUAUCUGGAGCCAUUAUCCCGCAAUGGCUGCUAAAUGGGAUUUUGAUGGCGUUACAUCACAUCUGAAACAUGUGGCUUUAGUUCCUGGCUUGGCCGAGAAGGCCAUUAGUUUCCAAGAGUACAGGGCGGAGAGACUUGAUGUUUCGGCAGAUGCUGAGACUGAUCGCAAAGCACUGGAUACCCUUCAGCGACUACUCGUAAGGAGAGCUCUCAUCGCUUGCGCCGACGCCCAAGUCAUGCCCCUCCUCAAUAUCACGAAAGAUCCCCUCGCUUUUGAGGAGUUCUUGCGGCCUGCGGCUGACAGGGACAAGAAGAAACUUGCCACCACAGUAUACCAAGUGUACCGCGAUCUCCCUGGGAAUUUUCCGAGCCAUAACGUUCUGUACGAAGUUUUCAAAGCUUACAAAGGCAUGAACGCGCCCGUGUCAGCGAAGAUUGCCGGCAUUGAGCUCCUUUGGGGCGACUGGCAUCGGUUCUACGGCACUCCUUCCCGAAGAGCAUACCAGAGAUAUCUGGCUUUCUUUGCGAGUAAAGGCGACAAAGAGCGAGUUCAUGCCAUGUGGAUCAAAUACAUCGAGCUCUUCCAUGAUGACCAGUUCCCUGUUUUGGAGGGCAGCGAUACAUUCACGCACCUGCUUCAGGUGCAUGCCGUCAACGGAGAGGCAGAUGAAACCAAGCGCAUCUUCGACGACCUAAAGCAAAGGUUUCAUUUCAAACCAAACGUGCGUCAUUGGAAUAUCCUGCUGAAUGCUUACGUCAAGGCCGGCGACUACGAUGCAGCGAUAGCGACCUUCGACAGUAUCAAACAGCCGGACCAGUACAGCUACGGGACGUUGAUGCAGAUGGCUGGCGGACGGGGUGACUUGGGGUUUACAGUUGAUUUAUAUCGUCGAGCACGCAAUUUGGGCGUCCUCGCCAACGACGCCAUGCUCAGCAGUCUUAUCGACGGUUACUGCCAGAAUGACCACUUCCAGGAGGCCGAGGAUGUGUGCGUCCGCGCUGUGAACAAGGGAAUCAUCGCGACCUGGAUGUGGAACAAACUACUUUACUACAACGCGAUGCGCCGGGACCUUGCCAGCAUCAACAGUCUUCUCAACGUCAUGGCUGAGAAGAAUGUCCCCUACAAUCAGUUCACAUACCAGCAGCUAUUGCUCGGUCUCUCACUAUGCCGCCAGUCACAGCAUGCCCUUCGCCUGCUCGCAGUUGCGCUGAAGGAUCACGUCUUUGAAGUAACGCACGAGCAUUUCCAAGUCGUCAUGGGCGCCCUGCUCAUCACUGGGGAGCCUGGGCCGGUGAUGCGCCUGCAUAAGCUGAUGACAGACUAUGGUUUCCAGAGCUCAUCUGGCACCCUGUUCCGUUUGAGUCAGGCUCUCACGCAGUACAGGAAUCUGCCUCCCAAGCAAAGGUCACGGAUGAGUGCUACACAGUGGCUUGGUGAAUCACUUCGAUCUUUCUAUCACAUAUACGGCCUGGGUUCUCGAAGAAAUCUCAGCCUCGGCAAGUCUCAAAGCCCAAAAGGCAAGCAGUCAGGCGAGCUGUUGAGGCCUGGGGUCGAUGUCUCCCGCUUCGGCACAAUGGUAUACAUGUUCACUCAGCUGAAGGACUUUGUUCGAAGCAAGGAGCUUAUUGACCUCUAUCGCUAUAUCUUCCAAGGGCGGGAAGAUGACAGCGAGGGAGUACUGCCCGUUGCCAUGUUGAACUCAAUCAUGGUUGCGAACCUGCAUGACAAGCGUUACGAUCGUGUGAAAGCCACGUGGCGUCUCCUCUUCAACGCCGCCAAGACGGAAGCCAAAUCUCUGGAUUAUGACGAGAACUUGCCGCACACGCCCAAGAUAUCACCCAAGUAUCGAUACAUCCUAUCUGGCGGCCUUCGAGUGAUGCAAGAACUACUGUUCAUUGAAGAGGACUUCGUUGGUAUUCAAGAGAUUGUUAAAGAUGUACGCACGGCCGGGUUCGAAGUGGACAGCAAGAACUGGAACUACCACGUGCAGAUACUUGUUCAGCUGAAGCAGUACAAGGAGGCCUUCACCAUCUGCGAAAAGCUUCUCAUGCCGAACUGGACCGGAUGGUUCGUUGCCCGCACCAAAGAGAACGUGCGGAACAAAAUACCACUAGAUGUUCGGAGGAAGGGUUCUUCCCCGAGGUAUCUUCGCCCUGUGGCCACCACGCUGUACCAUCUUGCGCAUGGCUACAUGGAGUUGGACCGACUGGGUCCAUGGUCCGCUGAGGCCGGGAAGAUGGCUCGAGAGAUCGACGAGGAAUGCAUGCAAGUUGUUCGAGCCAUCAAGUCGAUGAUCCGUGUGCAUUCGGAUCUUGAGUACGAUAUUUUCGGGCCCGGGGAGUCUCCUGAUACUGUCGAUGACGACGAGCUGGACGGCGGAGGUUACGAUAGUGAUUCUUGGGAAGAGAAGCCUUCAAGGUGA